GAGCCAGCCGCGGCAUCCCGCAGUAGGAGCUGCGCCCUCGCCAGCCUCGCCAUGCAGCCCCAGCCGGCUCUCGGCGUCAACCGCGGCCCCGCAGUGUCGGCCAUUAGCAUGGCGCCUGCCAAGAAGAUCAAGGCCAAGCUCAAGAAGACAUUGCCCGUGACCGGCCCCCAGGCGCCCACCUUGCGGGAGCUGAUGCACUGGUACUGCAUGAACACCAACACCCACGGCUGCCGACGCAUCGUGGUCUCGCGGGGGCGCCUGCGCCGCUUCCUGUGGAUCCUGCUCACGCUGACCGCCGUGGGACUGAUCCUGUGGUACUGCACUCAGCUGGUCCUCAACUACUACAAAGCCUCUGUCUCUGUCACGGUCCAGUUCCACGCACUCCCCUUCCCAGCCGUCACCAUCUGUAACAUCAACCCCUACAAGUACAGUGCCAUCAAGAAACACCUGGCCGAGCUGGACAAAGAGACAGAGAACGCGCUGAGGUCCUUGUAUGACUUUUCUGGAAGUAAUAUCAGGGAGCGCCGUGAUGCUGGUGAUCCUGAGCCAAGUGAGGACAGAAGAUUCCACAGAUACUUUCCCUUGAUGAAUUUAGACAACCUCACACACCAGCAGCCUUUUCCAAAUCCUUCCUCUGGUUCCAAACGGCGCAUGGAGGCCAACAUCAUUUCGGGCGGCUCCAGCAUCGUCAGCGUCAAGAACCCCCAGGAUAUUGUGGGAUUCCAGCUGUGUGACUCCCACAACAAGAGUGACUGUGCCCUUUACACCUUCAGUUCGGGUGUCAACGCCAUCCAGGAGUGGUACAAGCUGCAUUACAUGAACAUCAUGGCCCAAAUCAGUGCUGAAGAGAAAGUGAACAUGAGCUACUCGGCAGAGGAGCUCAUCUUGAGCUGCUUCUUUGACGGCCGUUCCUGCGAUGCCAGGAACUUCACGACAUUCCACCAUCCGAUGCACGGGAACUGCUAUACCUUCAACAGUGGGCAGAACGGAAGCAUCCUGAACACAACCACCGGAGGCAGUGAAUAUGGGCUGCAGGUGAUCCUGUAUAUAAACGAAGCAGAGUACAACCCUUUCUUGGUGACGUCUACGGGAGCGAAGAUAGUGAUUCACGGCCAGGAUGAAUAUCCCUUCAUCGAAGACGUCGGCACUGAGAUAGAGACGGCCACAGCCACCUCCAUCGGGAUGCACUUUACAAAGUCCAAAAGACUCGGCUAUCCAUACAGCAACUGCAAAGAGGACGGGUCUGACGUCAAUGUGAAGAAGCUAUACAAGAACAAAACCUACUCUUUGCAGACCUGCCUCCAUUCCUGCUUCCAGAAUGAGAUGGUGAAAAAGUGCGGCUGUGCCCAGUACGCCCAGCCCCUGCCCGAUAAUGCCGAGUUCUGCAACUACAAGAAAUAUCCAGACUGGAUGUAUUGCUACUACAAACAGCAUGAAAAGUUUGUGAAGGAGCAGCUGGAUUGCCAGGGGAGCUGCACAGAGGCCUGCAGCUUGAAAGAAUGGACCCUCACCACCAGCCUUGCCCAGUGGCCUUCUUCAGCCUCCCAGGAAUGGAUGCUGAAACUUCUGUCAUGGGAUAAAUGGAACAACCGUGGUGAGACCUUUAAAAAGGAAGACCUGGCAAACCUUGUGGUGUUCUACAAAGAUUUGAACGAGAGGGAAAUCAAGGAGAAUCCAGCAAAUGAUCCCGUCAUUCUUGUCUCCAACAUUGGGGGCCAGCUGGGCCUCUGGAUGAGCUGCUCCAUGGUCUGUGUCAUCGAGAUUGUGGAGGUCUUCUUCCUCGACACCAUUUGCAUCAUCCUGCGCCGCCACUGGCAGAAGGCCAAGAAGUGGUGGCGGGGUAAGAACAGGGAGCAAGAGGAGGAGGAGGAGGAAGAAGAGGCAGAGGCAGAGGCAGAAUCAACCCCUCAAAAUGGCCUGCAGGGCCACGACAACCCAGCCUGCACUGCAGACGACGAUGACCUGCCCACCUUCAACACAGCCAUGCGCCUGCCCCUCUCGCUGGAGCACCCACCCCCCAGGACCCCCCCGCCCAACUACAGCACCCUGCGGCUGGCCAGCACCUUUCCAGAGCAGCUGGAUGACACCCUGGAGGUCCGGACAACCAAGUGAUGCCCUUGACCCCAGCAGGAAAGGCCGCUCCUUGGACUAGGCGGCUGGACUUACCCUCUGUCGGGACGAGGGACAGAAGCUGCUUGCCCCAAACAGAACUGCACCUGCUCUGUGCUCUGCCAUUCUGCUAGCCAGACACUUGAUGCCGUUUCUGUAUUAAUUCCCCCUCUGCCCCUUGCUGGGGGCGAGCCAGGCUUUUCACUGGGGCGGCUGCUGUCGCGAUGCUCGGGUGUCCGAGGGCAGUUCCUGUCUGGAGGUGGGAGCUUAGUCCAUGACCUUGGACCCCCAGACAACAGCUGCUGACUCUGUGGCAGAGAGCUGUGACUCCUUAGGGAAAGGACAAGUCCAGCUGCACCUUGACCCUCAGGCACGGAAGAUGGUUGUGGGUUCAGUAAGAUCCAGGUUCCCUUUUGCUGAAGCUGAAAGCAGCUCCCUGGUUUCAGCUGGCCUGGAAGGGAGCUAAGUUCUGCCUUCAAGAUUUUGCCUUUGUCCCAAAGCUGUAAAGGUUGGUUCUGAGAGCACACCUCGCAGAAGGAGCAGCCUUGGCUCUCAAGGGGUGCCUUUUAAUCCUGCUUCUGAAAAGACCUGCAUCCCCAUGCCCAGCUACACCCACACAUGCACCCCCAGCCCUUCCAGGUGCACUUACCGGGGUACAUUUUGCCGCCACCUCCUCCCUUGCAAGGUCCAUCCGCUGGAGAAGCUGGUAAUACUGGGGGGCAGGACACCUCUCAGUGCAAGCAACUGGGAAUCACAUGUGGGGAGAGGGCUGCUGCUAUUGUUGUGCUCAGGUCCUGCUUGCAGGCUCCCCAUAGAGGCAUCUGCCUGGCCGCUGUGAGAAAAGGGGGCUGGACUCCCAACAGGCCCCCUUUCACCUGAUCCAUCACUGCAGGACUCUUUGGAUGCAGAGGCCGUGGCAGAGGUGGCAAGCAGGAAGGAGUGAAAAAAAGACUUGGCUCAUGUGCAAUAUAUGGUGGUGGUGUUUUUAAGCUUAAUAAUUUAACAACCGAGACCAACCCCUGGGAACUGUGGAAGGGGAGAAAUGCCUUUAAUAAAAUAUUUCUAAGGAA